AUGGAUGAUUGCCAUAACAUUCACAUUCAUCACUGCAACCUCCUAGCCAGUCCUCCAUCCCAAAGGGAAGUAGACAAUGCCCAGGUCUUCAUGGUUGUGGCAAAGGAUGAGGAAGCCAUCACUACCACCUCAAAAAAUAUAUAUGAUAGUGGAACACCAGGUUCUCCCCAGAGGCCUCAGAGAGCCUGCUCUCCCUUUAUGGUCAUGGGCCCCAUUACUGAGUGCCCAUCUGAUGAGGCUUCUGGCAACCAAAUAGAGGAGCUGGAAGAGCCCAUGCCAUUGUUACACAAUACACUAAAUAUAAAGGUAUUUGACCUGGUGCACUUUCUGCUUUUCAAAUAUGAAAUGAAGGCUUUUACCACCAAGUCAGAAAUGCUGGAGAGCAUUGUUAGAGAGUAUGAGGAGUAUCACCCUGUGAUCUUUAGUGAGGCCUCAGAGUGCUUAAGACUUGUGUUUGGUAUUGGCAUAAUAGAAAUGGACCCUUUUGUCCAAUCCUAUAUCCUUGUCACUGCCCUGGGGAUAACCUAUGAGGGGAUACUAAGUGAUGCCCAGGGUAAGUCCAAAACUGGCCUCUUAAUAGUCAUACUGGGUGUCAUUUUUCUGCAGGGAAACUGUGUCAGUGAGGAGAUGAUCUGGAGAAUGCUGAAUAACAUAGGGUUUUGUGAUUGGAGGAAUCCUUUCCUAUAUGAAAACCCCAGAAAGCUCAUCACUGAGCAUUUUGUGCAGGAAGGGUACUUGGAGUACAGGCAGGUUCCAGACAGUUAUCCUCCUAGCCACGAGUUCCUGUGGGGCCCAAGGGCCUUUGCCGAAACCACCAAGGUGAAAAUCUUGGAGUUUUUUGCCAGCAUUACUAAAAGUAAUCCCAGAUUCUACUCUGAAAAAUAUGCAGAGGCUUUGUGGGAUGAGUUACACAGGGCCUAG